GCAAUGGAUUUCAACAUGAAGAAGUUGGCUUCUGAUGCGGGGCAUUUCUUUAAUCGGGCUAUGCAGUUCACAGAGGAGAAGCUUGGUCAGGCUGAGAAGACUGAGUUAGACGCUCACCUGGAAAACCUGAUAGCUCGGGGGGAUUGUACCAAAAACUGGACAGAGAAGAUCUUGAGACAAACAGAAGUCCUGCUUCAACCAAAUCCAAGUGCUCGAAUAGAAGAAUUUAUAUAUGACAAGUUGGACAAGAAGAUACCAUCGCGGACCACGAAUGCAGAGAUAUUGGGCCAAUUCAUGCUUGACGCUGCCCAGGAGUUUGGUGCUGACUCUCCCUAUGGCAGCACACUGAUCACUGUGGGAGAGUAUCAGAAGAAGCUGGGAUCCGCUGAACGAGAGUUUCUCCAAACAUCAUCAGCCUCGUUCCUCACUCCUCUGCGAAACUUCUUGGAGGGAGACUGGAGGACCAUAUCUAAAGAGAGGCGACUUCUGGAGAAUAGACGACUGGAUCUGGACAUCUGUAAAGCUCGACUGAAAAAGGCCAAGGCAGAAGCAAAAGCAGCCGCUGCACCCGAUUUUCAGGAGACAAGGCCACGAAAUUAUGUCCUCUCUGCUAGUGCAUCAGCGCUGCUGAGUGAGGAAGUGGAUAAAGCUGAGCAUGAGCUUCGUGUGGCCCAAACAGAGUUUGAUCGUCAAGCAGAAGUGACCAGGCUGCUUCUUGAAGGAAUCAGCAGCACGCAUUUGAACCACUUGCGCUGUUUGAAGGACUUUGCUGAGGCCCAGGCUACAUACUAUGCCCAGUGUCAUCACUAUAUGCACGAGCUUCAGAGGGAACUAAACAGAUGUGCAAAUUCAGUGGGUGCGGGUGCUGCUCCAAACUCGACAGCAGUAUGCCCUAACCCGGUGUCCUCUGCGUUCAUGUUGGAUUCUGCGCCAUCCUCCUCUGCUGCUCCAGGAUCGUCCAUGUCCAGCCUGACCCCAAAACCCAGCCCAGUGCAACUCACUGGCACCGGCACCCGGAAGGCUAAGGUCUUAUACGACUAUGAUGCUCACGAUACAAGUGAGCUCUCUCUAUUGGCUGAUGAGAUAAUCACUGUUUACACGGUUCCUGGUAUGGACCCGGACUGGUUAGUCGGAGAACGUGGGAAUGACAAAGGCAAAGUUCCUGUCACAUACUUAGAAUUGCUAAGCUAAUGAAUUUAACACAAAGAGACACAACUGAUACAAAUGACCAGCUUUCACAUACAAAUAGGUCUCCCUAUACCUGUGAUGAUGAACUCAGAUAACUGUCUCUGCAGUCCAUAUAUGUAACAGGACAGCUACAUAAUUUACUCCAGCAGGUCUCGGGUCCAGAAAGAGGCCAUGUUUGCAUUUAGACAUUUUCUUUUCCUUCCUAUUGUUUUACAGUAUGGUAAAUUUCACAAAUAUGGAAAAUUUAAACUCAAAGGCAAUAUGAAGCCACUAUAAUUUCAAGUAGUUUUUGUGUUUUUUCACUUCUGCUAUACCAUAUCUGUGACCACCAUACUUCUACUGUUGAAGGUGCGGUUGCACUUAAUACAAUACUGCUUUCAACUAUUUUUGUAUAGACAUGGCCACAGGUGGGCUACACAGUAUAAUUUGAUUUAUAUUUAAAUAAUUUUGUCUAUUUUAUGCAAAUCUA